AUGAAUAAUUCAUCUUACAUUACCUACUUGAAUGCUACGAAGGUCUUUCUCAGCACCGAACCAACCAUCGAUUCCAUGAUCGAUUAUGCAACCCGCCUACAAAUAGAUCCAAUAAAUGAUUACACUUGCUUGCAUACGUUCAAACCAGCCAAUAUCAUGACAGACUGGAAUGCCAAUCUGUCUCUCCCUGAGGAAUAUAAUCAUUUUGUCUGUGGUCAAUCGAGUGCCGAUGGGUCGUGUCUGUAUAAUGCUGCCUCAAUCAUUCUAUGCGGCGAUGAAUCAUUACGUCUAGUACUGCAUGCGGGCUCUGUGUCGGAAUUAAUGAAACAUGCUAAAUAUUACCUCCAACUCUCGUUGUUCCAAAAAGACUGGGCUUGGUCUGAUGAAGCAAUGAGGACCUCUUUCCAAAGUGAGAAAUUUUAUGUCAAGGCUGGAUAUUAUAAAGCUGAAAUAAUGGAAAUGUGCUCAAUAGAUGCAUACUCACCGUUGUUGGCAAUAUACGGGUUAUCAGGAUAUAUACAACACCCAAUUUACUCCAUUUACCCAAACGUUGGUGAAGAAAGUGAUCUACGAAUAACGUAUAAUCGAAAAAUUUCACCACGAUCUGACAGCACUAAUAUCACCGACCGUCCUCCACUACACAUAAUGUGGGUGAAUAUAAGGAUUAAAACGCAACAAGAUUUUGACGAAUGGUGUAGACAGAAUUUUCCAAGUACAAACCAUUUCGUGCCUGUUUUCAACCAGCCUUCAAUCACAGAGCCGCCGACUAUAUCAUUAAUCAGGCCAUCAGCAGAACAGCCUCCGAAAUCACCUAGUAGAGAACAGAAUAAUUACGUCGGUGCACUAAUGGCGGGAAUAGAUCCAACAUUACAAUUGAAUGUCGAAACGGAUGAUGAAUACAUAAUUUAUGAACCUGCAAAAGAUACAAUAUGUCAAUUGACACGAACAGAGAUGCUUGAAAAAUUAGUGUAUUAUGAUGCCAUUAGACAGACAUACCUUUGGCGAGACUGGUCCAUCUCACAUACUUGGUUGAUAAAUAUUUUGCAGAAAGAACCAGAUUUUCCAGCACAAGUGGCUCCAGUUAUCAACUACACAAGAGAUAAUGAUACAGCCCUCACAAAGUAUUUCUCUUGCGCUGGUUGCGUGGGUUCUGUAAAAACGGGUGGAUCAUUUAGAAUUUCAACAAAAGAACUACUUUUCAAAAAUCCUUACAUGCAGUUGAAAGUUACUUUCUCAAAGAAUCGGCGUAUUUGCACACAUUUUAAAGGUAUAACCUAUGGUCAAACACGUGGACUUUCUAAGCAACUUCUCAAGCCAGAAACAACCCUUCCACGACAAAUGCGAGCAACUGCCUUGGCUGAGUUGACGCCAGAAAGAAUACUCACAGGAAAUCGGCAACAU